CACGUUCACCAAAAUAAAACACACAGAUAAACUCAAUACGUUGUCGUUUCAACGACUCCCCUUCACACGAUCAUUUCUCCCCCACUAAUCCCAUAUAUCUUUCCAUUAAACUCUACACACAAAAUUAAAAUAAAAAGAAAAGAAUUUUUACUACUAACUCCAUAAACGAAAAAACGAUGAUGUCAAGAGACGAUGACGUGGAACGCACAAGACCCAAAACCAGUUUCAAUCAAACAACACAAAAUUACUCAUCAUCUUCAGGAGCAGCAGUAAAUACAGAAAGUUACUGGACAUCAUGGUUGAUCCCAGUAUUUGUUGUCGCCAAUAUUGGUGUUUUUGUUGUACUUAUGUACAUCAACAACUGUCCUAAACAUAACCGGUCAAGAUUUUAUGGAAAGUGUGUUGCUAAGUUUCUUGGCAGGUUUUCUUUUCAACCAUUUAAAGAAAAUCCUCUCCUUGGUGCUUCUUCUAACACAUUAGAGAAAUUAGGGGCACUUCAAUGGUGGAAAAUAGUUCAUGGACAUCAAGGAUGGAGGCUUGUUACUGCAAAUUGGUUACAUGCUGGUUUGAUACAUCUUGUUGCCAAUAUGCUAAGUCUCGUUCUUAUUGGGAUUCGUCUUGAGCAGCAGUUUGGAUUUCUGCGUGUAGGGUUGAUCUAUUUGUUGUCUGGAUUUGGAGGAAGUAUUCUUUCUUCUUUAUUUAUUCAACAGAAUAUCUCUGUUGGCGCCUCUGGAGCUCUUUUCGGGCUACUUGGGACAAUGCUUGCCGAGCUCAUCACAAACUGGACUAUCUAUUCAAAUAAGGCAGCGGCGCUCUUAACACUUGUAGUUAUCGUUGUGGUGAACCUAGCUGUGGGAAUUCUGCCAUUUGUUGACAAUUUUGCCCACAUUGGCGGAUUCUUGACUGGUUUCCUCCUUGGUUUUGUUUUACUUCCUAAACCCCAAUUUGGUUGGGUAGAAAGACACAAUCUUCCAGCUGAUGUUCGUGUGAGAUCCAAAUACAAGGUUUAUCAGUAUGUCUUGGGUUUGGUUGCAUUAGCUCUUCUUGUUGCAGGAUUUACGGUUGGUUUAGUGAUGUUGUUUCAUGGAGAAAAUGGAUAUAAACAUUGCCAUUGGUGUCGCUACUUGAACUGUGUCCCGACGUCAAAAUGGGAAUGCAAUAGCAGUUAGUAUUUCUUUUAAUGUGUAAUAUCUGUGGAUAUCUGGCUAUUUGCAUAGUUUUUUUUUAAAAGUUUGGUUGGUUUUCAUGUCAUAUCGAGUUAGUGGUAUUUGUGUUUUUGGCUGUGAAAUAUUUAUUUGUUGAUUGUUGAGGUUACUUGCUAUAUAAUUAUUUCUUUAGCAACUCUGCCAUUAUCCCA